AUGGAUGAGGUAUUCAGUAGGAUGGGUGGUAAGGUUAAAUCCUCCAUAACAGAUUCCGCUAUCAUGUCCAUGCUGCACUCUAGAAUGGAUAAGGCACAUGAAAGAGUCCACUCCAAGGAAGGAGUUAUUGCACGUUUACAUGAGAUAUCAAAGUUCUACGAGUUGGCAGUGAUGCAGCUCGAAGGGUGUCUGAAGUUUGUUAUUGAAGAAGCUGACAGCAGUCUUGAAAGCAGUGAUGAAGAGGCUUUAGGGGACUUGGCAGAAAUUAGAGACCGUCUUGAAGGUCGGCUUAGAGAAACUGAGCUGGCCAUCGCAGAAAAGGAUAGAGAGUUAACGGAGAGGUUAGAAAAUGAAAUGAAGCUCAGGCAUGAAUUGGAACUCAAAGAAAGAGAAUUGGAAUCUUUACGAGCCACUCUGGAGCUUGAGAGAACAAAGACCGAUGGCAUUGAGGAGCAGGUUCUUGGCAAUCUGGUAAGUGGUGAUGGGAAUAGAGAUGAAGGAUUUUCUGAGCUGAAGGAUUCAGUAGAUGAACAGGUGUGGAAUAUCAAACAACAACUUGACCCUGAAGAUGAAAAUAUUGAUAAGAGAAGAUAUCAUGGUUUUGAAAGCUUGAGGGUUGAGCAGAUGAGCUCAGACAUGGACAUCUUAAAAGAAACCAUGGGUCUUGCUUUUGAAAAGAUGCAGAAUGCCAUUUUCUUGUCGGAGUUGGAGCCGACUGAGCAACAGUUAGGGUGGACAAUUGAGAAAGCUGUACUAGUUAUCUUGAUCAAUGGUUUCAUGGGGGAUAUCCAGGAGAAUUUCACAGCAGAAGUUAGGAGGUGGCAGAAGCAAGUUUCCAUAGGCUUGAGCAAGCAUUUGGCGGAUUUGAUGAAACAGAUAACAUGCUUGCAAGACGAACUAGAGCCUCUUAGCAUCUCCCACAGCAGUCGUGAGAGAAGGAUUUCUAUGAAAAUGAAAGGGAAGUCUUCAUCAGAAGGGGACAUUUCUUAUACCCCUGACGAUUUCACUGUUAGAGUUGGAGAAAUAGACCAGAUGAAGCAGCUGAACGUAGAGGAUUCUGAAGAAGACAGCGCGCACCACGUUGCUAAGAUGAUAAAGAGUCAUGAAACGAUCAUCAGGAUAAAAAGUGAAGAGCUUAAAUCACAGAAACUAGAAAUUCUCAAGGAAAAAGGGUGUACAUGCUAUAGGAGAUCAGAAAAGGGCCGUGUUAGUCCAAGACAAAGAUUCCAAGACGUUACUGCAAAACUGGGAAAUUUACUCGACUGGAGGGAAAACCUUGAUGAAUCUUUUGGUUACCAUGGAGGUGCAGAUCACGAGGAAACUUCUUCAACGAAGAUGCUGUAUCAUUUUGAUAUGAAAGAACAGGCAAACUUUCACGGCACUGAUGCUUUGGAGAAGUUGAAUAGCAUCUCAAUUUCUCAUGAUGCAAAUGAGAAACUGCAGAAUGUAAUAAGAAAGCUGGAAAUGGAGAAAGAAGAUACAAAUUUGCAAAAUUUGAUAGUAGAAGACAAUUACAUUACUCUUUUGGAAGGCUUCAUACAUGAAUGCUGCGCUGAGUUACGUAGUUAUGACAUUGCGAUCCUGGUAAGAGAAGGUAUAUAUGAAUAUAUUUUGAAGGAAAUUGUCAAUGAGUGUGAUGAAAAAAUGCAAGGUGAUAAGAUUGAAGAUCAGAUUACAGAGGAGAUGUUUUAUCUUGUCUCCAGAGAGGCACUGAAGGAUUGUUGCUGUAUGCUCGACUCUGUGUUAACUGAGUGCCGGGAUGCCAGAGCUGAAAGGAAUUGUUUUCAAGAACAUACUUUAGAGGGAACAAUAAGGGAGGAAAUAUUGUCAACCUUCUUCACAGAAAUUUUCAAGGAAUGGAAUGAGGCUGAUGAACAGUGUGACGGUGAAAGCAUAGUAAAGGAAGAUAUUGAUCGGGUUGCCUUUAAAGAGACCAUCAGAGACAUGGCAAGCACUCGCAUGGUAAGCAAAUUCAAAGAGUUGAAUUAUCCUGGGAAUAGUGUGGAUUGUGUUGCUCAGGGUAAUAGUUUUUUUGAGGACGUAGAAUAUUCAGUGAAGGAGGAUGUCUUUAUGGUUUUCCUUAAAGAAAUGUGUAAGGAAUGGAAGGCAGAGAUAGAUUCCUAUGAUUGUGAAAUCCUCAUCAGAGAAGAAAUUUUCAUAUUAAUUGUUGUGGAGGCAAUGACAGAAACUCGUACCAUUUCUGGGGAAACUACAGCCGAGGAUCGCUUCAGAAUAUUGGAAAAUUUCACCUCUGCUGACAAGUUACAUAUAAGUCAAGAUAUUGGUAAAGAGGAGCAUUUGGUUCAAAAACAAGAUUCACAGCCAGAGCAUAUCAAAUUCGAAUAUUUGAAACGCCAAGCAAGUCCAGCAAUGAAGGAAUACAAAACACCCCUUCCCAUUGUGGCACUGAAACAUGAAAAACUGAACAAAUCUCAGCACACGAGGGAAUUGUUGACUGAGAUAGAUAGCACUUCAUUUUCAGUUUGUAGCGAAGUUAAGAAAGCUUUGGAGCACGUAGCUAUGAGUAAAGGACUACUGAGAGAGUUAAGAUCAAGUUUAGGUGUUGCUGUUGCAGAUACAGAAAGAUUUGAUGAGGAGGUCAAAGUAAACCUAUCUAACUCUGAUUUUACACCUAUCCUGGAAUUUUCUCAAGUAUUAAUGGACUUUAAGCGAAUAGUGGAAAAGAAAUUAGUGCUGAACAUUUUAAGGGUGGAGGAAGCAACUCAUUAUCUGAAUCCACUCGUUGAACUUGUUUCCUUGCAAAGGAGAGAGGAUUUGCUUUAUAAAAAGGCUUUUCUAAGGAGAUGUGAGAAUCUCAGAAGGGCUGAAACUGAGGUUGAUCUGCUAGGUGAUCAAGUGGAUGUACUUUUAAGCCUGCUUGACAAGAUAUACAGGACACUGUAUCACUAUUCGCCUGCGUUGCAGCAGUUUUCUGAGGUCUCGGAAAUUUUGAAAAUGAUCGAGGAAGAAUUAAUUGGGGCCGCUCGUGCUUCUGGCAAGUGACAUCAGGAUCUCCAUGUCUGUGAAGAAAUCUUGUGCCUUGGUAUCCCACUAAAUCGUUUUAUCUAGGAGGUGAAUUAAUCAUCAGAAAAUGCUCAAACAAAAGAUAAUGUUGAUAUGAAACUAGAGGCAAGAGCGUUUCAGAAUUUAUUAUGAGGAGGCAUGCUGACAAAUUACAGGCUAUCAAAAUCACAUCCCAAGACCGUAUUGGAGAUGUAUUUAUUGAACAGUGAAAUCAAUUUGCAUUCAUCAAGAUAAUAAGAACGCAGGAACCUGUUCAAGUUUCUGAUAUUUAUAGUAGUCCCUUGCUCUUUCACGUGAUUCUCCUACUGAAGGUGAAGGUACUUAUUGUGGAAAAUGUCGUCACUCUUUAUAAAGUUGAUUGCCUUUAAUGAUCCGCAGCAAAGUGAUUGCAUUGUCAGACAAAAUGGCUUAAAAAAGUUGUGCAUCCUGAUUAUCGGAGCACGAGAUAGACAACGGGCUAAGACCAACUUCUUGCUUUGAAUUUUCA